GCGCCCGGGGCUUUCCCGGUUGCGCAGGGUUUAGUAGUCGGAGUUUCCAGGCUGUGGGCGCUUCCCCCCCCCCGCCCCAGCUCGCCUUCCCACGCGACCUAUAUAGUUCGGGGAGCGCAGAAGGGCCGCUGGUAGCGGGGGGAGCCGAGCCGAGCCCAUUUUGUUCCACCUAAAAGAAUUAAAUGAUUGAAACUACCGAUACUUCCAUUUUCUUCUUGCGAACAGUCAGCAUCACUAUGGAGGCGUAGGCACCUUAGAAGGGACUUCAGUCUGAACUCUGGGAGGUAGUUCUGUGCACAAAUAAAGAAACUAAGGCUUAAUAAAAAUUUUUUAUUAAUCUGAGGAUUCUGUUUGCUUCUGUAUGCCAUAAACAUGGCAUACAGAAAAAACUUAAUUCAGCAGUAUAAAGCCGUAGAAUGUCCCAACACAAAACAAUUAAUUUAUGUUAAAUUUGAUAACUGUUUACUUGUAACUAAGGCACCAGGUUAAAACUGAAAUGCUCUGUUUGGUCUAUGCUGACAGUGCUAUAGACAGAAAAGCUUGGGGCUCUUCCGGGCAUGUUAAUUAAGGCAGUUCAUGCUUGUCAGAGACAGUGCGUAGGAUUUGUUUAUAUCAUAGCUGAGUACUCUGUAUACGUGAGGUUGAGUGUAAACUAACUUCCUUAAUCUUAUUACGACAAUUUGCAGAAGUUGAGGGUUCCUUCCAAAAAAGGAAGUAUAGCAGUAGCAAAGAUCCUAGGUCAGUUCAGGGAUGUCAGUUCAGAGGCUCUUUUUUUUGUAUGCCUUUUCAGCUUGAAAAAACAUUAUUUUCAGCCUCUUAAUGAAGUUUGCAAACUAAAAUCUUUACAUGUGUAUAAGCUGUGUAUUUAUCAGCUGCCUAGGGUGAAGUAGUUCUCAAAUCACUAAACAAGUGUUCUGGUUAAAAAUGAUGUCGUCUUAGUUGCCCCCCAUUUUAGUUUCUUUAUUGACAAAGGAGUUUGAUAAACCCAUUGGAGGGUUUUCCUCUCUUGAUCCCACCUCUGCUAGCCUAACAAACUGAUACUGCUCUCCCAGAUACACAGUAGAAAGAAGGCAUAUGAUGAUAUAACUAAAGGAAAGUCCUUUUUGACAUGUGUUCUUCAACUGUCAAAAUGGGAUGGGGCAGCUUUUGCACUGAAAGCAGUUGUAUAAGCUGAAUUACAAGAACUUCCCAGAUGUUUAAAGAGUAUUAAUCAUGGAGCUAAUUCUAUUCACAUACGCAUUCAAAGUUGCACAUUAAAGUAUUUCAUUUUCAGGUUCUUAUUUUUGUACAGGCAGGGGUUAUUCCGAAUUGCCUUUAAUGCACACAACUACCUCCCAGAGGAAGACUUGUCCCAUUCUUCCAAAAUUGUCCAUUAUGAACAUAAUGGAAAAUAGCCCUUUCUUGGCUAGCAUCAGGAAGCAGAGUGCUUUUUGUGGUGAACUGAAGUAUGAAUUAUCCUGUGAACUCUACAGAAUGUCAACGUUUUCUACUUUCCCCAGUAAUGUGCCGGUGUCAGAACGGAGUCUUGCCCGGGCUGGGUUUUAUUACACUGGCGUGCAAGAUAAAGUUAAGUGCUUCAGUUGUGGCUUGACAUUGGGCAGCUGGCAACCAGGAGAUAAUGCUAUGGAAAAACAUAAACAGCUGUAUCCUACCUGCAGUUUUGUUCAAGACAUGCUUUCAAUGAACAACCUCGGACUGUCUUCUCGUUCUGCUUUUUCACCUCUGGUCACGAACAACCUCUCACCAUCUCUACAUUCCAUAUCCCUUUCUCCAAGUUUUGAACAAGUUGGCUAUUUCAGCGGCUCUUUUUCCAGUUUUCCUCAAGACCCAAUAACUACUAGGGCAGUUGAAGACCUUUCAGCCUUGAGAUCUGAAUUUCACAAUCCUUCCAUGAGUACAGAAGAUGCCAGACUGCGUACUUUUCACUCAUGGCCAUUGACAUUUCUCUCACCCACUGAUCUGGCAAAGGCUGGUCUUUAUUACUUAGGGACAGCAGACAAAGUUGCUUGUUUUACCUGUGGAGGCCAGCUGAGUAACUGGGAACCAAAAGAUAAUGCUAUGUCAGAGCAUCGGAGACACUUUCCUAACUGCCCUUUUGUGGAAAAACUUACCCGAGACCCACUAAGUUUCAACGUUUCAAAUGUGAGCAUGCAAACCCAUGAAGCGCGUGUUAAAACAUUCAUAAAUUGGCCAGCUAGAAUUCCAGUUCAGCCUGAACAGCUUGCGGAUGCUGGCUUUUACUAUGUAGGUCGCAAUGAUGAUGUCAAGUGUUUUUGCUGUGAUGGUGGGUUAAGGUGCUGGGAAUCUGGAGAUGACCCAUGGAUUGAGCAUGCAAAGUGGUUUCCAAGGUGUGAGUAUCUGCUUCAUGUAAAAGGAGGAGAGUUUGUAAGUCAAAUCCAGGCCAGGUUCCCCCAUCUUCUUGAACAGCUGUUGUCAACCUCUGAUACGAUGCCUGUAGAUGAAAGCAUCGAUCCCCCAAUUAUUCAUUUUGAACCUGGAGAGAGUCCUUCAGAAGAUGCCAUCAUGAUGAACACGCCUGUGGUCAAAGCUGCCUUGGAGAUGGGGUUCAGUCGAAGGCUAAUAAAGCAAACGGUGCAAAGUAAAAUCUUGGCCACUGGAGAAAACUACAAGACUAUUAAUGAUCUUGUGUCUGAUCUGCUUACUGCUGAGGACGAGAAGAAGGAAGAAGAGAAAGAAAGGCAGUUUGAAGAACUUGAAUCAGAUGAUUUGUCCUUAAUCCGGAAGAAUCGAAAGGCUUUAUUCCAGCAUUUAACGUGUGUACUUCCAAUCCUUGGGAGUUUACUAUCAGCAAAAGUGAUAACGGAAAUCGAGCAUGAUGUUAUUAAGCAAAAGACUCAGACACCGUUGCAAGCAAGGGAACUGAUAGAUACAGUUUUAGUGAAAGGAAAUGAAGCAGCCAGCAUAUUCAGAAACUGUCUACGAGAUUGUGAUCCUGAACUAUACAAAGAUUUAUUUGUUGAGAAGAACUUGAAGUAUGUUCCCACAGAAGAUAUUUCAGGUUUACCUAUGGAAGAACAACUAAGGAGAUUGCAAGAGGAAAGAACAUGUAAAGUUUGCAUGGACAAAGAAGUUUCUAUUGUUUUUAUUCCCUGUGGUCACUUAGUGGUGUGCAAAGAGUGUGCCCCGUCCCUUAGAAAAUGCCCUAUUUGCAGGGGGACAAUAAAGGGUACAGUUCGUACCUUUCUUUCAUAAAGAAGGAAGCUUGCAAAAUGUCUGUUUCUGUCAUCCUCCAACUGCUGAAGCUUAAGCUAGCAGGGUCUUAAGAAUGGAAAACUGUGAUACAGAAGAUGAUUACUCAACUACCAAACACUGUUGAGUAAUAGUAAAGCAUUUGUCACUAUGACUGUCUUAGGUAUUCCUUGCCAAAGAAUAUUUCUGUUAACGGAAGAAACUCAAUUUAAGUGUGAGCUUUGUAGUUUUGUAGCCUUUCUUUCUGAGUAAGGAAAGCAGUUUACCUCCAGUCCCCUUGUGUCAGUUGGAAAAAACUUUCUCGUUGAGUUCUGAAAAUAGAGCUUGGCAAUACUCUUCUCAUGAAUUUUCGUGCACAUUACCGUGGCUGUUUAUUAAUAAUUAAUAUUAAUUAACUUUUCGUGACUGUUUUGGUUUUGGCUUUCUAGUGGUUUUAAAGAGGAGCGAAGAUGCUCUUGUAGGAACAGCAGGACUUCAAUUUUUGUUCAUGUGUAGAUACUUGUGUGAUGUGUGUUAAUAAUAGUUUAUAUGAAGACUAAAUUAAAAUUUUUCUACUUCUCAAACAA